AUGAAAUUAUUGUGCAUUUUUGUAAUUGUUAUUGUUGCUGUUUACGAAGUAAAUGCCAGCACUAAGCGCCUGUGUGGUCCUGUUUUGGCUCAAGUCUUGGAAUCGGUUUGUGUCAAUGGCUACAACUCCAUGAAAACUAAGAAAUCAGUACCUGUACACAAUGACUUGGAUAUUAUGGAUAAUUACAACGACAUUGAAGAUGAUGCUGGAGUCCAUACCAAAGGCUCAUUUUUGGAUGACUUGUUAAUGAGUAAUCAUGCUAAUAGCGUUGCCAAGACCAGAAGACGUCGCAAUCUUUUGGGCAUUUAUGAGGAGUGCUGUGUUAAAGGCUGCAACUUUUACGAAUUGACUUCUUAUUGCAAAUAGAUUGUUUUCAAUCCAUUAGCUCAGUAUG